UAUAAGAUCGCUUGGUCGGGUGGUGGAGAAAGAGUGUAUGCGGCAGUGGGAGGUGCUUGUCUGCUACAUCGUGCCGGCGAACUAAGUGUUGUUGAGUAUGGUCUAGACAAAGUGCUGCAUACUGUUCGUACAGAGCGAGUGAAUCCUCACGUGCUGAGCGUGCGUAUAAACGAAGGCGCGACGGGCGCGGAGGCGGGCGACCGCAAGCACCUCGCCUACCUGCUCGACCGACAGACCAUUGCCGUCGUUGAUCUUACCACUGGAAUCCAGUUAGGUCAGUGGUGGCAUGAGGCGCGCGUGGAUUGGCUCGAACUGAAUGAAAGCGGACAACUGUUACUGCUGAGAGAUACAAGGCGAAGACUUGCAUUACUGAAGUUAAAUACUGGUGAUAAGGAAAUCAUAGCAAGCGGGGUUUCUUUCGUGCAAUGGAUUGAGAAUAGUGAUGCAGUUGUCGCUCAAACACCAACCCAUCUGCUUGUCUGGUAUAGUGCAUGGGACCCAGGCAGCGUGGAAAUGGCGGAAUGCGGCGGCGCGGUGGCCGUCGAAGUGAUCUCGCGACGCGUCAUACUUGAUGGAGGACUAUUACCAUAUCUACAGCUAGACGAACAUCGACUCGCUUUUAAUAAUGCGCUUCGGAGUGGUGAUCUGGCUGGGUGUGCUAGAUAUUUGGACGGGGUUGGUAGUAACGCAGAUGUUGCUCUUAGGCAGCUCGCUGAACGAGCUCUAGCUGAUGAUGAUGUACAGUUGGCUGCUAAAUGCUACCGAGAAGUCGAUGACGUAGCGCGCACAUUUUAUCUAGAGAAGACCGUUGAAUUGGCUGCUGCAGAAGGCGAUGGUGAUGUCAGUGUUGGUCUAAACAACGCCACAGUAAGGGCUCGUUUGGCAAUAUUCAACGGUGACUUAUCCGCUGCCGAAGAGUGUUAUGUCAGGCGUGCUGGUAGACCGGACCUAGCAGUGGAUAUGUAUAAGCAGUUCAAUAAGUGGACCGAUGCGAUUGCACUGGCUGAGAGAACUGAUCGCGCGUCUGUAGCUACGCUUAAACAACAGCAUAUGGAUUAUUUGACUUCUACUGGUCGUCUAGGCGAGGCCGGUGCAGUGCUAGCAGCAUCAGGCGACGUGCAAGGCGCAGUGAAGCUGUGGCUGCGAGGCGGCCGCUCUCGACGUGCUGCGGCGUUGCUGUUGCAGCAUCCGCAGCUGCUCAGAGAUACUGAUCUCGUUGAUAAUGUGCAUACACAGCUUAUUCAGGAAGAAUGGUGGGAGACGGCAGGUGAAAUAUCUGAACGCAGAGGCGAUACCCGUGCGGCAGUGGAGUACUACGCUAAAGGAAAUAACUAUGCUAGAGCUGUUCAAUUAGCUAGAGAGUCAUGUCCAGGCGAAGUGACGCGUUUAGAAGGCAUGUGGGGCUCGUGGCUAGUAUCGUCGCGUCAGGCCGGUGCUGCAGUGCCUCAUCUCAUCGAGGCGGGAGAAUCUAGGGCUGCACUCGAUGCUGCGUUAGCUGCACAUCAUUAUAGGAAGGCCUUGCAGAUUAUGCAGGCUAUAGACGACAAGGAGUCUAUCAGAGAGCAGUGCGAGCGACUUGGUGAUCAUUUUAUUUCUACUCGUGAAUGGGAGACGGCAGAGCGCGUCCUUACCUCAUGCGGUAUGGCGGAACGUUGCGUCCGCGCAUACAACACCGCGGGGAAAGUGGCCGACGGCUUACAGCUCGCCGCCGCACAACUCACUGAGGAACAAACGAGGGACAUCUACAUACCACUAGCGCAACAGUUGAGGCAAGACGGACAACUGCGCAAGGCUGAACAGAUUUAUAUAGGACUUGGAGAACCAGAUGAGGCUAUAUCCAUGUAUAAGGAAGCGUCUCAAUACGAAGCAAUGUUACGCUUGGUGGCAGCUCACCGCAGCUCGCUGCUAGAAGCCACGCGUCGCCACAUCGCGCAAGCUCUGCAUGCCUCCGGAGAUCUACGCGCCGCUGAGAAUUAUUACAUACAAGCUGGUGAGUGGAAGAGCGCGAUACAGAUGUACCGGUCGGCGGGGCAGUGGGAGGGCGCAGAGAGAGUUGCUCGCGCGCAUGCUCCCAGCGCCGUACAGCAACAGGUGGCGCUACAAUGGGCGGGUGCCCUUGGCGGAGCGCCGGCAGCGCGCCUUCUGGCCGCGCGGGGACUGGCCGCGCUCGGGGCACGAUGGGCACUGCAAGCACAAAGAUGGGACAUAGCAAUGGAGCUAUGCAGCCUAGGAGGCGGCAUGACUCGCAGUGAAGUAGCUCGUGCUGAAGCCGCGUCAUUGGCUGACGAUCGGCCGGAUGAAGCCGAGGCCGCGUUCCUGCGAGCCGGCGCGGCUGACCACGCGGUCCGCAUGUGGCUGCAGCACGGGAAACAUCAGAGAGCACUGGCGCUGGCUGAACAACAUGCUCCUACUCUGGUUGAAGAGGUGUUAGUUGAAGGAGCUAGGGCGGCCGCUGAGCGAGGAGACUUGGUGCAGUUUGAAACGCUUAUGAUAAGAGCUAAUAGACCACGUGAAGUUGUGCAACACUACAAAGAUUUAGAGUUAUGGGACGAGGCUGCCCGCGUAUCCCGGGAGUACGUCCCCGAGAGCGCUGGGGAGGACGGCGAGGCGGUUCCGAGCGAAGUGCCCGCUUUGCUCGCGCGAGCUGCCGAACACGCGGAGAGUGCUGACUGGGCUCGUGCUGUGAGGUUGCUGGGAGCUGCCAGUGCCGCUGCUGCUGCCACUGCACCGCGCUUGGCCGAGCGAGCCGCACUCAGGGCUGCAAGGCUUGCGAGGGACCACUUGCAAGGUGCUCAGAGACGGGCUGCAGCUGAUAUGUUAGCCGAACGAUUUGCUGCGAUUGGACAAAAUGAUAUCGGCGAUCAACUUCGAGCUGCUCUCACUGAAGGUUACGAGACGGAUAAUGAAGCACCAGGUAACCAUAAAGAGGAAGAAGAACAGGAGGCUCCUCGCGAGGCGGAGUCGGAGGCCGAGGCAGAGACCGAGGCGCUAGAGCGGCUGGCGCGAGGCGGGCACUGGCAGCGCUGCCUCGCUCACGCCGGCAGACGAGCACCGCACUACGCGCUCAGAUAUGCCGCACAUCUGUUCAAGGCUCACCCGCGCAUGGAAGGUAUCGACAUUGACAGUGAAGAGCCUCCAGAAGUUCUAACGCAAGUCCUAGACGUGUUGCGUCAAUACCUCGGCAGUGACGAACCGGGAAUCGAAUCCUUGACCGGCAGUGACGCGCCUUUAGCCAGGGCGGUGUGCAGUGAGCUGUUAGUCAGAGUAUCUACUGCGCCUAAGUCAGUGUCAGCGUUGAAGGAUGCAGCUACGGUUAUGGUGGCUGCCAGUGCUGAGGAUAGAGUUCUACAGGCCAUUACUUUAUUGAUUGCACUUCACGUGCCUCAAAUAGCCGGUAAGGCAGCGAGAGCACUGCCUCGGUAUACAGACAUCAUUGUAGCAGAUGUGGCAUAUUACGCAUGCGGUAUGGCAGUGAGGGCAGAAGGACCAAGCGGAGCCCGCGAGGCGUUUGUCUUACUCAACCGCUGUCUCGACUUAGCUGAGGCAGCUGAUGAUGACUCCGCACACCUGCUAGACUAUACUGAUUUUGAGUGCACGGACUGGAGUCGUACCCCACUACUGUUGGAUAGCGGCUGCGUUCGCGGCGCUGCACUGGAGGACGCUCGUGAAUGGGUGCUGGCCGUCUCUAUGGACCAAGCUGUUGAACAGACGUUGCCUGUGGACGGUCGAGACAUGUACGCUUCCAACGUUGGCGAGACGGAACCGUGCUGCGUUGUUACCGGCUAUCCAUUGGGCUCUAGGCUCGUCACUUUUACUAACGGUAUGUAG